CGAUAACGCAAGAAUCUGGACCCUCGUUGACUUCCCUUCUCGACGUCGAGGCGAGGCAGAAGCCAGGACAUUUUGGAGGAGGAGGAGGAGCGUCUGACCUGACGCCAUGGAGGGCUCCCUCAGGGUCCUCCUUUCCCUUCUAGUGGCGGGAUUGGCAGUGCUCCCACACCUGGUCAACGCCAGAUCCCCGACUCCGAACAUACACAUCUGUCACAGCCUGACCUGCCCUGAACAGGACGCCUUCUACGCGCACCCGACCUUCUGCACAGAUUACGUCCACUGCGUUGCCGGCGUCCCAUAUGUCAAGAAAUGCCCUUCCAACCUGAACUUCAAUGCAGUGAAGGGGGCGUGCGACCACCCGAGGGACGCCCGCUGCACGCCCUUCAAGAAGUCAUGCGAGCUGACGAGCCCCUUCGUCCCAGGAGGCGCGACAGACGACCUCGUGACGUGUGACUGCGAAGGCCCCUGCAUCAAGCCGCACCCGUAUCGCUGCGAUGCCUUCUACCACUGCGACGCUGCCGGAGUGGUACACCUUACAGAGUGUCCCGGAGACUUGAUGUUCAACGCAAUGGUUGAACAGUGUGAUCUGCCCGAGAACACCAAAUGUGAGCCAGCGCCUACCUGCUCCUGCGACAACUGCCGUUACCCCUCGUCUGAAAUGUGCUCUGCUUACUGGCAGUGUGAGCGUGGCCUAGCAGUGCAACACUGCUGCAGUAGCGGCCUUCUUUUCAACCGUGACACCUCACAGUGCGAUCUGGCCAUCAAUGUAGACUGCAGCGAAGGGGCCUGGGAGCUAGGUGCUUUCCUGGAGACGGCCUGCGUUGACCGACGUUUGGAUUGUCCAAAGUUUGUUAAGGACGGAGGGUGCCAGUGCAGUGGGAGUAACUGUGACUGGCAGUCGUUUGUUCUCAGGAACUGUCCAAAGUCCUGCGGCAACUGCAAAGAAAACCAAGUUAUUAGCAAGAGGACAUUUGCCUUAGAAGAAAAAGGACCUAGAAGAAAGUAUCAUGGAAGCAAAGAAUCUGCAAGCAAAGAGUCCGGAAGCAAAGAGCCUGGAAAUACAGAAUCUGGAAGCAAAGAGCCUGGAAAUACAGAAUCUGGAAGCAAAGAGUCCGGAAGCAAGGAGUCUGGGAAUACAGAAUCUGCAAGCAAAGAGACCGGAAGCAAAGAGUCUAGAAGCAAAGAAUCCGGAAACAAAGAAUCUGGAAGCAAAGAGACCGGAAGCAAAGAGUCUGCAAGCAAAAACUCUGGAAGCAAGGAGUCUGGAAAUACAGAAUCUGGAAGCAAAGAUUCCGGAAGCAAAGAGCCUGGAAGCAAAGAGUCAAGAAGCAAAGAGUCUCUAAACAAAGAAUCUUUAAGCAAAGAGUCUGGAAGCAAAGAAUCUGGAAGCAAAGAUAUCGGAAGCAAAGAAUCCGGAAACAAAGAAUCUGGAAGCAAGGAGUCCGGAAGCAAAGAGUCUGGAAGCAAAGAGUCCGAAAGCAAAGAUUCUGGAAGCAAAGAGUCUAAAGAAUCUGGAAGCAAAGAGUCUGAAAGCAAAGAGCCUGGAAGCAAAGAGUCUGCAAGCAAAAAUCUGGAAGCAAAGAGUCCGGGAGCAAAGUGCCUGGAAGCAAAGAAAUCUGGAAGCAAAGAGUCUGCAAGCAAAGAGUCUGAAAGCAUAGAGUUUGGAAGCAAAGAGUCUGCAAGCAAAGAGUCUGCAAACAAAGAGUCCGGAAGCAAAGAGUCUGCAAGCAAAGAAUCUGGAAGCAAAGAGCCUGAAAGUAAAGAAUCUGGAAGCAAAGAGUCUGCAGGCAAAGAGUCCGGAAGCAAAGAAUCUGGAAGCAAAGAAUCUGGAAGCAAAGAGUCUGCAAGCAAAGAGUCCGGAAGCAAAGAGUCUGGCAGCAAAGAAUCUUCAAGCAAAGAGUCUGCAAGCAAAGAGUCCGGAAGCAAAGAGUCUGAAAGCAAAGAAUCUAGAAGCAAAGAGUCCGGAAGCAAAGAGCCUGGAAGCAAAGAGUCCGGAACAAAGAGUCUGCAAGCAAAGAGUCCGGAAGCAAAGAGUCUGGAAAAAGAAUCUGGAAGCAAAGAGUCUGAAAGCAAAGAGUCCGAAAGCAAAGAAUCUGGAAGCAAAGAGUCCGAAAGCAAAGAGAAUCUGGAAGCAAAGAAAUCUGGAAGCAAAGAGUCCGUAAGCAAAGAAUUUGUUGAAGACAGCGGAAGCGGAGGUGAAGAUGAUGGAAACGGAGGUGGAGACGGUGGAAACGAAGGUGGAGACGGUGAAGACGGCGGGAACGGAGACGUUGAUGGAGACGGUGGAAACGGAGGUGGAGACGAUGGAAACGAAGGUGGAGACGAUGGAAACGAAGGUGGAGACGAUGGAAACGGAGGUGGAGACGGUGGAAACGAAGGUGGAGACGAUGGAAACGAAGGUGGAGACAGUGGAAACGGAGACGUUGAUGGAGAUGGUGGAAACGGAGGUGGAGACGAUGGAAACGAAGGUGGAGACGAUGGAAACGAAGGUGGAGACGAUGGAAACGGAGGUGGAGACGGUGGAAACGAAGGUGGAGACGAUGGAAACGAAGGUGGAGACGGUGAAGACGGCGGGAACGGAGACGUUGAUGGAGACGGUGGAAACGGAGGUGGAGACGAUGGAAACGAAGGUGGAGACGAUGGAAACGAAGGUGGAGACGAUGGAAACGGAGGUGGAGACGGUGGAAACGAAGGUGGAGACGGUGGAAACGAAGGUGGAGACGAUGGAAACGAAGGUGGAGACGGUGGAAACGAAGGUGGAGACGAUGGAAACGGAGGUGGAGACGGUGGAAACGAAGGUGGAGACGGUGGAAACGAAGGUGGAGACGAUGGAAACGAAGGUGGAGACGGUGGAAACGAAGGUGGAGACGAUGGAAACGGAGGUGGAGACGGUGGAAACGAAGGUGGAGACGGUGGAAACGAAGGUGGAGACGAUGGAAACGAAGGUGGAGACGAUGGAAACGGAGGUGGAGACGGUGGAAACGAAGGUGGAGACGGUGGAAACGAAGGUGGAGACGAUGGAAACGAAGGUGGAGACGGCGGAAACGAAGGUGGAGACGAUGGAAACGAAGGUGGAGACGAUGAAGACGGCGGGAACGGAGACGUUGAUGGAGACGAUGGAAACGAAGGUGGAGACGGCGGAAACGAAGGUGGAGACGAUGGAAACGAAGGUGGAGACGAUGGAAACGAAGGUGGAGACGGUGGAAACGAAGGUGGAGACGGUGGAAACGAAGGUGGAGACGGUGGAAACGAAGGUGGAGACGAUGAAGACGGCGGGAACGGAGACGUUGAUGGAGACGAUGGAAACGAAGGUGGAGACGGUGGAGACGGUGGAAACGAAGGUGGAGACGAUGAAGACGGCGGGAACGGAGACGUUGAUGGAGACGAUGGAAACGAAGGUGGAGGUGGAGACAGCACUAACAGAGAAAAUGGUGGAAGCAUCGACGGCUGCGUCAUCGACUGCUCCCUCGGAAAGUAUCUUCCACAUCCAACUGACUGCCGCAAGUUCAUCCAGUGUGCCCCGUAUGGUCCUGAAGAGAUGCCUUGUGCUCCUGGAACAGUCUGGAACCAACAGAAACUCACCUGUGAUCACGAAUGGGCUUCCCCGUGUGCGACAGGCAGCUACUUGACUCCAGAAGGUCUACCAUGUGGAGGAGGUAGUGGCGGAAAUGGAGGUGGCGGUGGAGAUGGCGGGAACGAAGAUGGAGACGGUGGAAACGGAGACGGCGGAAACGGAGGUGGCAAUGGAGACCACGGAAAUGGAGGUGGCGGUGGAGACGGCGGUAAUGGAGGAGAUGGUGGAAAUAUCGACGGCUGCGUCAUCGACUGCUCCCUUGGAAAGUAUCUUCCACAUCCAACUGACUGCCGCAAGUUCAUCCAGUGUGCCCCGUAUGGUCCUGAAGAGAUGCCUUGUGCUCCUGGAACAGUCUGGAACCAACAGAAACUCACCUGUGAUCACGAAUGGGCUUCCCCGUGUGUGACAGGCAGCUACUUGACUCCAGAAGGUCUACCUUGUGGAGGAGGUAGUGGCGGAAACGGAGGUGGAGGCGGGGAUGGCGGAAACGGAGGUGGCGGUGGAGACGGCGGAAACGGAGGUGGAGGCGGAGAUGGCGGUAAUGGCGGUGGCGGUGGAGAUGGCGGUAAUGGAGGAGAUGGUGGAAACAUCGACGGCUGCGUCAUUGACUGCUCCCUCGGAAAGUAUCUUCCACAUCCAACUGACUGCCGCAAGUUCAUCCAGUGUGCCCCGUAUGGUCCUGAAGAGAUGCCUUGUGCUCCUGGAACAGUCUGGAACCAACAGAAACUCACCUGUGAUCACGAAUGGGCUUCUCCGUGUGCGACAGGCAGCUACUUGACUCCAGAAGGUCUACCAUGUGGAGGAGGUAGUGGCGGAAAUGGAGGUGGCGAUGGAGACGGUGGAAACGAAGAUGGAGACGGUGGAAACGGAGGUGAAGGUGGAGACGGAGGUGAAGGGGGAGACGGAGGUGAAGGUGGAGACGACGGAAACGGAGGUGAAGACGGUGGAAACAAAGGUGGAGAUGAUGGAAAUGGAGGUGAUGAUGGAGGUGAAGAAUGUCCAUUUUCAUGUCCAGAAAAGGAAGGUCUUUUCCCUCAUCCCCAGGAUUGUAAGAAAUGGAUUCAUUGUUCUCACAGUAUACCUUUUGUCAAGAAGUGUCCCUCCCAUCUUCAUUUCAAUCCCGUCAAACGAGUGUGUGACUGGCCGUCUAAAGCCCAGUGUAUUGCUACUCCUGAUACUGACUGCCAGAUUCCAGAACCUGUGCUUCCCACACAGCCCCCUGAUAUGAAGCCUGACAUUUGUGACUGUGAGUGCUGCCUCAGACCUCAUCCCGAGGAUUGCACAGCCUACUAUUACUGUGAGCCAAAUGCAAGCGCCGUAUUCCAUACCUGCUCCGAAGGGCUUGUGUUCAACCCACAGUUUAGUCAGUGUGUUCUUCAAGUAGAUUACCCACAGUGUCAACCUGAGAGACACCCAACAUGCGACCCUACAUGCGAAUGUCUGUAUCCUGCUCACAGCUGCUCAGAAUACUACAUUUGUAAUGGUGAUGGUAUUCCUGAUAAAUACGAAUGUAUGGGAGGACUUUACUUCAAUGACCAGAAACACACAUGUGACCUCCCUGAAAAUGUUUCCUGUGAGGAACGGCGUAAAAGAAAUGCAAUAGACUCCACAGCAGAACAACACUACAUCUUACCGGAAGAGUGUAAGGAUCUGCAAGGAGUGUAUGCCAUUAGGGACAGACCAAGUUCGUAUUACCUUUGCAGUCACGGCGUAGCCUUUGAAAUGCGGUGUCCAGAUGGUGGCGUGUUCUCAAGCAAAGCCAAGGAAUGCAUCUUAAGGAAGUAAAUACUAGACCACA